AUGAAAGCAAUUGUAGUAACCUCGUUGCUAGCAUUUGCUCAGGCGUAUUUGAAGUUGGAUUUCGAGAAAUCACCUAAAGCCUCAAGUGAUUUGGUAAAGAGGGAUGACGAAUAUGUAAAUGUUCCCUUAAAGAACGAUGGCGAUUUGUAUUUGGUGCAACUGGCGGUUGGAACGCCACCUCAAAAUAUCACUGUGCAAUUAGAUACCGGAUCCUCUGACCUAUGGUUUCCAAGUGCUGACAAUCCAUUCUGCAAGGAGAAUAAGAAGUAUGCACCAAAGGGCAAGGAUGUUCAGCCAUUAGACGAUUCAGGAUAUCCAUCAGCAUCUAACCAGGUUCCAAAAUCAUCGAGGACUUUGAAUUGUAAGAAAUAUGGCGUGUUUAACUCCAGUGAAUCAUCCACGUUUAAGCGUAAUGAUUCGGAAUUCCUACUUUCCUAUGCUGAUAUGUCCUUUGCUACUGGUAAUUGGGGGUCCGAUGUAGUCAGUUUCAAUGAGUUAAAUAUUAGCAAUGUGAACUUUGCCUUGGGGAGCUUUGCCAACUCUUCGAAUGGUGUUCUUGGUGUAGGAUUACCAGAUGUCGAAUCAACAUACGAUGGUCCUUAUGCUGGUAGCAGGAAAAACAUCAGCGAUUCACAUCAAUAUGCUAAUUUCCCAAUUACCUUAAAGCAGAACGGAGUAAUUGAUAAGAUUGCAUAUUCUUUAUACUUGAACAGCAGCAAAUCUAAGUUUGGUUCUGUUUUAUUUGGAGCUGUGGACCAUAACCGUUAUAACGGUCCACUAUAUACGCUCCCACUGGCCAAUUCUUUGUUCCAGAACUUCACAGACCCUUUCCAAUUAGAGAUCACAAUGAAUGGGUUGGGAUUACAGGGUAAUGAUGCAAAUAUUACUUUGUAUGACAAAAAAUCUGCAGCUUUACUUGAUUCUGGUACUACUUUAACGGUUGUGUCAAAACAUAUUGGGGAUUUAAUUGCAGCACAGGUUAAUGGUACCAUUGCUGGCAAAGACCAAUGCAUUAGACUACCAAAAUGUCCAAGCAAAAAGGAAAAUAAGAAGCUGAUCUUUAACUUUAGCGGCGCAGAGGUUGCUGUCGAUAUAAACCAAAUGAUGAAUAAACAUAAGGGCAAAUGCUACUUGCAGUUUGCAGUUCAUGAGGAUACAAGUAAUGAUGCCAUAAUUUUCGGUGAUAACUUCUUAAGAAGCGUGUACCUAGUCUAUAAUCUCGAGGACAAAGAGAUAUCUAUUGCUCCUGCCAACUUUAACUCAUCGUUACCGGAGAACAUUGAACCAAUAAAAAGUACAGUACCAAGCGCAAUCAGAGCGCCACAGUACUACAAUACAUAUUCAGAACAUGCUACUGCUACUGCUGUUACUGGAGACAUAUUCGCGCCAGAAGCUACAAUGUCCAUGGCACCGAUCAAUAAGACAAAUGGCUCAUCAAAUCGAACUCUAAACUCAUCGCGUUUUGACCUUCAAAAAAGAGUUUAUUCAAACCAGGCAUCCUUGAAAAAUUCAUCACUAAUUGCGUUCUUUCUAGCAUCUCUCUUUGCACUAGCUUUAUGA